GGGAAAUUAAGCCCUUUCGUUCCUGCCCAUCAUCUCCUUUCAAAAGAACAAAAAGAAAAACCCUAACAGGAAAUUCGAUUGGAAAAGAGAGGAUCCAGUAUGGACAAGAACAUGUUAGCAGGGCUCGAGGGUCUCCCUGAAGAAGAUAAGAUCCGAAUGUCCGCCAUGAUCGACCACCUCCAGCUUCGUGACAGUCUGAGAAUGUACAAUUCACUUGUAGAGAGAUGCUUCAAUGACUGUGUUGACAACUUUACUCGCAAGACUCUGCAGAAGCAAGAGGAGACCUGUGUCAUGCGAUGUGCUGAGAAGUUCUUGAAGCACUCGAUGCGUGUGGGCCUGAGGUUUGCAGAGCUCAACUCGCAGGCUGCAACACAAGAUUAAAGCCAAUAAACCACCAUGAGUGGGGCUCAAAAUGUUUUUGCUUAUCAUGUAGAAUUUUUCUUUUUGGAUUAAUAGGGUUCUUCUCAAUCUCAUAUGAAAGGUAGGAUAUUGCUGGGGAUUGACAAUUGUUGUUUAUGAAAGAAUUUGUUAUUAUUGAUUUCCUCUUGCGAAAUCAAAUACGAUUGAAUAAAUAUUUGUUAUGCAAGAUGGUUCAUUCACCUUGAUAGUUAAUGAGCUAUUACCAUUGUGUAAUGUUCAUUCUUUUCAACAAGUUAUGUUUCAAGCACCAAGAUUUUUACUGCUUGAUGGCCUCAAAACGUCCGCAAAAGACACAAGGAUGGUCAUUAGCCACAUCUAGUAGCAACUUGUUUAAAGAACAAGCAAUUGCACAUAACAAUCUUACAUUAGAUAUUUGAUGCCCUACGUACGAUAUUGAACAUGUCAGCUUUAUUCACAGGGCAACUAAACACAAGACAUAAUGUGACUCUGCAAAUUCUUUUACUACAUUUUUUUUUUGGUUUCCAAAUCAGAACUAUAACAUGUUUGCAAUAUGACAAACAACUUAAACAAUCUUCUCCAAGACAUUAACAACUUAAGGUACAAACAUCUCUGCAAAAUUGAAAGGCACUGCAGAAUAUGAGAAACUGGGGAAUCCCUUACAAAAGUGGCACAUAGGUCACUUAAAAUGAUAAAAUGCAACUCCUUGCAGAAUAAAUCAAGAAUAAAAACAAUGUGACUAAAGAUUCUUCAAAUUCACCUCAUCAGGCAGGAAGAACUCUUAACAGGAUUUAACAGGCAAAACAAGAAAGAACAUGUCGAACUAUAAAUUUUCCCGCAAGAAUUUCCUAGCCAGCGUAAGAUAGCAGUAAAGCUUUCCACAAGGUCAUUUUCAAUUUUUUAAGAAAAAAAACUUACAAACCAAGGAUAGCAGACAUUUAAGGAGAACUAGAGAGAAGAAGCUCUGCAAGGAUCUAGAGAUGUAGAAGGAGAGAUCGCCCAGAGAGUCAUUGAAGUUUUUAAUGCCAAGACAAAUAUAAAUUAUGAG